ACAUUACGACGUCUCUUGAAAAUCCGGGGUCGGUGGCCAUUUUUAUGCUUGUGACUGUGUCUUAUCGAUAAAAAUUUCGAAAAUUAGUGGCAUAUUGUAGAGUACGUGGAGUGAAUUAGUGUGUAGUGAGGUAGAAGAAGAGUGCAGGAAGAAAAUGGUGCCGAUUAUCAAAAGGAUGUGCUAGUGAGGUACGGUAGGUGGACAAACAACAAGGGAAUCGGGUCUCCGCCUUUUGAGUUUUUGUCGAAUUGGUGAAAACAGAACUUAGGUUCUGGCAGAUUGGUGAAAGGAAGGGUUGGUUAGUGCUAUUGGGAGCCCUGGAAGGCACAAAAGUCAAAACCAUGGGCAAUGCCGCAACGGCCAACAAGAAAGGCGAUUCAGCAGAGAGUGUAAAGGAGUUUUUAGACCAGGCUAAAGAAGAGUUCGAAGAAAAAUGGAAGAAAAAUCCAACCAACACAGCUGCCCUGGAUGACUUCGAUAGAAUAAAAACAUUGGGUACCGGAUCAUUUGGAAGAGUGAUGAUAGUUCAACACAAACCCACCAAAGAAUACUAUGCCAUGAAAAUAUUAGACAAACAAAAAGUUGUUAAACUGAAACAGGUAGAACACACACUGAACGAGAAGAGAAUCCUUCAAGCGAUUAGUUUUCCCUUUCUGGUCAGCCUCAAAUUUCAUUUUAAAGACAAUUCAAAUCUGUACAUGGUUUUGGAGUAUGUUCCUGGGGGAGAGAUGUUUUCCCAUUUACGUAAAGUAGGUCGAUUCAGUGAGCCACACUCCAGAUUUUAUGCAGCACAAAUCGUCCUAGCCUUUGAAUACCUUCACUACCUAGAUCUCAUUUAUAGAGACUUGAAGCCAGAAAAUCUGCUUAUAGAUUCUCAAGGUUACCUGAAGGUAACAGAUUUCGGUUUUGCCAAGAGGGUGAAAGGGCGAACUUGGACGCUCUGUGGAACACCUGAGUAUCUUGCUCCUGAAAUUAUCCUCAGCAAGGGUUACAACAAAGCUGUCGACUGGUGGGCCCUGGGUGUCUUAGUUUAUGAAAUGGCUGCAGGAUAUCCCCCAUUUUUUGCAGACCAGCCAAUACAAAUAUACGAAAAAAUCGUCUCAGGAAAGGUCCGUUUCCCAUCACAUUUUGGAUCCGAUCUCAAGGAUCUUCUACGAAAUCUCCUGCAAGUGGAUCUCACCAAGAGGUAUGGGAAUUUGAAGAACGGAGUCAAUGACAUCAAAGGUCACAAGUGGUUCGCACUAACAGAUUGGAUCGCCAUUUUCCAAAAGAAAAUCGAGGCUCCUUUCAUCCCACGGUGCAAGGGUCCUGGAGACACAAGUAAUUUUGAUGACUACGAAGAGGAAGCUCUGCGAAUCUCCUCUACAGAAAAAUGUGCCAAGGAGUUUGCAGAGUUUUGAGUUUUUAACAAGGAUCUUAAAUCAUGGACCAAAGUCGGAGGACUAGAGUGCUGCCCCACAUCUCGUACGUUCUAGGUAACAUCUUUAUACUCAUGACACACAUUCACUUCAUCUAUCAAGUAAAAUAUCAUAUCACAACCUGUAUAAAUUAAUUGGCAAUAUGUCUAUUAGUCCUCUAGUGAGCCCUAAAUUUAAAUACCGUAACUUAUCUUUGUUGGAUACAAACAUAUGUAUAAAUUAAAUAAUUCGGUUAGGUAUCAAACUAUGUGCUUUGUACAUUUUUAUGUUACCUCACUGUAUUUCCUAUAUAUGCUAAACAGUAUUGUUUAAAGUGUGCAAAGCUUACAUAAAUACUUUUGAGGUGGGAAUUAAUUUAAUCAAAACAAAAUUCGCUGUUGGCUAAAUCAGUAAUUAGCCUUAGUCUUGACAUUGAAAAUUGUUACUGUAACAUAAACAAGUAAGUUUCAGCCAAUUAAGUUAAGUUCCAGAAACUAAAUGGUUCACAACAAUUUUAAGUUAGGAAUGUUCAGUAGGCCUAGGAUAUUUUUACUCGGCUAGGCCCUUAGCUUGAAAAGUCAUAAAAUAUUUUUUGACAUGCCUACCUAAUUAAUUUAAGUUUUAAUGUAAAAACUACCCUAUAAACUUUUUUUGUUAGGCCCACAUUAAAAAAUAAAAACAUUAUUUUCAACUAACUUGGCCUGAAAGUUUUAACUCACAAUUCAACAGCAAAGUCUCAUAAGUUAGGCUACGACACAAAUGAUUAACCCUACAGUAACAUCUCCUAAUCAUUCUAACAUAGCCAAGUCAAAGCGUAGGUAAAAAAAUAAAAAAAAACCUUUUCUUGAAUGUUUGGGAAAAACAAACAGUUUGAGUAGCCUACAAUUCCGCUUGGCACCAAGACCAAGUACCAACUAUCAAUAACCUCUGUUUUUUACAAUCUAUCAUACUUAAAGAGGAGAAGUUUGUGUUUUUGUGGUAAAAAUUUUAAAACUGCUAAGUUGGUCUACUGAUUGUUCAACAAACUUAUAGGCUAUAGCCUAGGCCUAACUUACUACUUACCACCAUUGGCACUUUGUCAAAAAUAAUUUUUCUAUGUAGCAGAUUUGGCUGCGUUGUUAUUAAGAUGACCUACCUCGUGAUUAAAACACUUAUUUUUGUUUAGGCCGUACCUAAAUAUUGUGUUUACGGUAGCCUAAUUUUGAUUAGCGAACUUAUCGAUUCUUAAAAAGAACUAUAGCCUACAGAGGAUUGUCACCCAAAAUAGGCAAUAGACUAUAAAAUGGCACAUUGAUAAGAAAACUAAUUUUUUAUGAACAUUUUCAUCCUGUCCAAAUCCAAAACAAAAUUCACAUGUUACAUUUAAUUAUUAAUUGUCUAGUAUUUCACUGAAACUAUUAAUUUUUUUCUUACAGGGCAGUUUAAUUGUGAAAACGCCUGAGUACAACAAAAAAAUAGUAUAAUUUUACACAAAGUGUUCCUAAUUGUUAUUUAAAGCAACACUAGUUUGAUUACCGGUACCUAGGCUAUAUCGUUUAGCAUGUAUUGGCAAAUGCAAUCAGUUCGAUAUGACCAAUUACUAACGUUUAUCGGAUAAAUUUCCCUGUAUAACAAUUAGUUUUUGUACCAAAAAUGCUCUUGUAGAGUAUUUCCCUCAGUAAAUGACCCCAAUCAAUUCAAACAUUUUUCAUCAAUUUCUUAACCGUAAUCUUGGCAUAGGCCUAUACAAUCAUUUCUGUUUACACAAACAUCCUGUGAAUUCUCACAGCCUUUGUAGAGUCUUAGGUUAGGAUUGUCGUUAUAUUAUUUUUGAAAGCAGGGUGUGGUCACUGUGAUCAAAAUUAUAACCAAUGAAGUCUAUAAGUUGGUGUACAAACUAGUGUUUUGUGAUAACCUACAAAUCGCAUAUAUUUGUUGUUGUUUAGUUGGAGACCUAAUGUCAGUGGGCCGUCAGGACUUUGUAAUAUAACACUGUACGCUUGUGAGUUCUGUGGUUCGUUGACACUUGGCUUAACCCUUUCUGUACCAACUGAAUUUUGAGAUCGUCUCUGUAGCCUAAAUGUUUACCUACUCAAUCGAGUAACUCCUGUUUAAGUUUGAUAUUUUAUGUAAAAUGUUUCCUGUUAUGAUUUAGUUUUCUGAUAUUUUAAGGGAUCAUAAAACUCAUAUAUAUUUACAGUAAUCUAAUAAUUAAUAAUAACUUUAAUCUACGUUGUUGUUGAGCAUGUUGAAUUUUUAUUCUUAAAAGUCAGAUUGGCACAGAUAGGGAUAAAUUCAUUGUUUAAGUUUGCAGAGUUUAUCGGUUGUAUCUAUUUUUGUUAGUUAAGCUAUAUUGUUUAAAAAGUUUUAAAAAUAGUUACAAAUCAAAUCCAAUGAAUUGUUUAUGUAGAUUUAUUUGUAGUUUAUAGUACGGUAUAGUGUAGGUAUAACCGCAGCGCCAAUGUCUUAUUACAAUUUGUAUAUUAUUUGAACUGAGGUACCUCGUACGUAUGUUUUAUGAUCACAUAAGUCAAAGUGUGCAUGUUGAGUGUUUUUGCAUUUGAAAUCAGUAUUUUACUCGACCGGUAAGGAUGUGAAAAGACGUUAUGACAUUUUGUCGAUUUCAAUGGAUAUUCCUCUCGUGACAGAAUGGACUAAGUAUACUCAUCUUCGGCUCAAGACUAUCACCGCGUCCUUUGUAACGUGAGGCAAAGCGGAGGCGUGUUUAGAACGGAUUCUUCUCAGAGUUUUAACUGUGUUUUGUUAUAAGUCAAGUCAAUGUAUACAGUCUCGGUUAUGAACCUGUUGUGGCGAAUAUUUGUACCUAGUUUGUUUGAAAUAUUUUGUACAUAGAAAUAUACAUAACAUACAAUUUUAGGGUACUUAAGACAUAUUCAUUUCCAUGUAACAAAAUUUGGUUUGCUUGGGUGAAAGUUGGGGUCGCCUCUAGGUGUAGGAACAACAUUCAAGCUCUAGUUGUGUUUUAAACAACCACACUCUCUUGUAAAAUUGAUAAAAAUGCUGAGAUAAAUAUAACCCCAUAACAAGUCAUAAUUCUACUUUCAAUUGUUAACUUAAGAUGCUAAAUAUGAUAACAUAUUUUUGUCUUAAAGGGUUUUGGUCUGUGGCCAAGUUUACACUAUUAUACAAUCAAUUUUUAAGAUUAUCAUUUUGACAGUAUUCCUGUAACAUUUCACUGUAGGUAUUUAGUGAUCUUCAUUAACAGCACUCUGUUAUAUAAAUUGAGAACUUGUAAAUAUAAAUCUCAACUUGUAAAUUGAUUACAGUAGCUGAAUUCUAUGACUGCUCAUUAUCAUUCUAUGUUCAGUUAGUAUUUUAACUGUUCCUCUUUAAAUAAAUGACUCUCCUACACAAUUAUCAGAAGUAUCAGUCUUUUAACUUGUUAUUGUAUAAAAAUUCACAACCAGUAAGUUUUAAUCUUAUCUAAUUUCUAAUCGAAUAACUUGGGUACAGUUAGAUUAUCAGCAUUGCUCAGUUACUGUAAUAUUAUUUCCUGCAUUGUUACUAUGUUAAAUAUUUAUAAAACCGAGCUUAUUUAUUCAUCAUAAAUUUGGCUUGUAAUAAAUUAAGUCUAUUUUAAUUCAUACUGUGAUUAUAAAAUGUGUUAUUUUGAGCUUAGAAAUUGUACUUGUCAAUCAUAUGGGAUUAUCGAACACCUUAAGAACUUGACUAAAUCGUCAACUUGCAAUUUACUUCCAAAGUUUGCCAACUUUCAUUUGAAAUUUGAGUUCAAAGUCUUAGUUUUACUUGCCGGAAGAUGGAUUACUCGGUCAAGUCACUACGGGUAUUUCGGUAUUUGUUUGUACAGUCUUACUGAUCAGUUCACCAAGCUACUGCAGGCAGUAAGCACAAGUCUAUAUAGUGUGUCGUACGAUCAGUGUGUUCCGUGUGGAGUUUAUUUGGCCUCUCCAGGUGUUCUCUAUCAGCCCAACUUAUCCUUUCAGAGUGUCAUUUAGGUGUUGAAAUCAGUCAAAAUCCCGACGUUGACUAUUUUGAUACAGUCGUGCCUAUUGGAAGCUUUAGCUUGGCAAUAAUUUCCUCUGUCUCCCGUAGCAUCCGAUCUUUGUCUUUUUUAAACCCGAACAUAUGUAAGGUGUUCAAUGUCAGUGUACAUAGAGAAUUUACUGCCUGCACUCAGUGCGGCAAACAAUCAAAUUUGACGCUUAGUUCGACUCGGUUUUCGGUUAGUUUGCGGUUUGAGUUCACGCCCGAGCAAGAUCGUAAGUUAUAAAUAUAUUUUAAUAUGAUUGAUUGUAGUAGAUUGUAUUUGUAAGUGUAUGUAAGCCCCAUGUUUGUGUAUACCCCCUGUGUACAGAUAAGAGUUUUUGGUAGCUUUACAAACGUGUCGCUGCCAUUAACAAUUGCUUGGAUAAAUUUUAUUUAUAAUUGAAAAUGUUUUCAAAAUGACAAAUAAAAUCAGGUAGAAUUCAA